UUUUAAAUUUUCAAAGUCUACUAAGAUCAACCAAAUGUUUACAAACAAAACAGAAUUUAUUUACAAUUUUAGACUUUGUCAAAUAAUUAAAUAAACUUAGUAAAACAGAAUACAUACUAUACAAAAUGAAUAUCAAGCAAGAAGCAGAAACACCGUUGAGUACAGAAUCAUCGCAAAAUCUAGCUGGAAAGCCAAAAAAAUACUGUGAUAGACAAUUCAAAAUACAAUUAGCUAGAGCACUAAAAGCAAACUAUGGAGAAGCUGAAAACUUUGAUAAAAUCAAGCAAAAUAAACUUUUAUGUUUUUAUGAGGAUGACAAAAUCAUCGACAGCACAAAAAAAAUUGCUAAGGAUAUCGAACAAAGCGUUGAGGAUUCAAUCAAGUCACAAAGGACGAAGGAAAUCAUUGAUUUCACUCGAAAUGUCAACGAUCUUACAGAUGUAAGGAAGCCAGAAGAAAUUCCAUUACUCAUAAAACUUAAUUCUGUAUCUCGAUUUCCGCCUACAAUGGAAACAAAUGGUGUCAAUUUUGAAGCAUUAAACAAGUUCCUUUAUUCAUCAGUGUCUGGAUCUAUAGACUUUGUGGAUAUGAAUUAUGAGACAAAGUUAGUAUUGCACGAGACUUACAACAUGCUAAUGACACAAGUCGAAACCGAUGCUCCAAAAGUAUUAGAAGAAUUAAGAUCAAAAAUGAAUGGUUCAUCGGAAGUAACUGAAAUUAGAAAUGCUGAAAAAUUAACAGAAGCUAUUCGGGAUAGCUCAUUAAACCCAUUCAACAUGCCAUUAGAAUUUCUCCUGCAAAGAAAAUCGUCCGAAUAAUUUAUUGAAGAAUUCAAGAUAAUAAAUUAAUGAUAGUAAGUUAAAGGAUAGUUGUAAUUAUUAAAUUUCAAUUCCUUGCCAGAUCUAGCUAUUGUAAAAUGACUUGCAUGUGGUGUAGAGAAUUGAGUAUGAAAGUGUGUCUGGAAAGGCAAAUGCUGAUGAGUAUUAACAAAAUCAGAAACAGAGAUUGAAUUUCCAACAAUAUAUUGGGAUGGAAAUUGUUGCGAUGGAAGUUCACGACUCUUGACCAUUUCAAAGUUUCCAAAAUUCUGUAAUUGUUGUGGAAAUCCAGGAAGUGACUGGAAAUUUUGUGCUUGAAUUUCAGGAUUUUGUACUGCAUUCAUAGGUUGACUUGACAUAGAUUGAGUUGGUGGACUGUCCAUUGAUGGCAUCAUUGAAUCAGAAGCAUUAAUAGAAGCUAGAGUUGUUGAUUCCAUUAAUCCAGAAAGCAUUUGGGGUUGCAUCAUGUCAGACAUGUCUUGUGAGUUCAUCUGCAUCGGCAUUCCUUGUUGAUUAAUUGCCAUUUCUUGAGAAUUCAUCUGCAUCGGCAUUCCUUGCAUGUUCAUUGACUGUAUUGGCAUUCCUUGUUGAUUCAUUUGCAUGCCUUGUAUAUUCAUCUGCAUUCCUUGAGAACUCAUUUGCAUGGCUGGUGGCUGCAUCAUAUCUAAAACUUGUGGCAUUUCUGGAGGAGAUUGCAUCAUUGGAUCAGUUAAUUUCUGUAACAUUACAUUGGGCAUCUCCAUUGGUCUAAUCAAGAACUCUGUUCCCUUCACUUUAUUAGGUUUCAAGGUCGUUUUCUUCGUGCUAUUUCUCACGUUCAGGGGAGAUCGCAUAGUCGUAAGAUUUAUUUGAAACAUCGAGUUAAUUAUGUCGGGUAAUAGAGGAUUGAAUUUAGGAAUUGAUUGCGUAGUUGUUGUUUUUCUUGACUUCAUAGUCGUUUCCUCCACCUCAACUUUAAUUGAUGGUCGUUGUGUAUUGAUUCUUAAAGCUUUUGGAUUGCGUGUAGAUUCAGGAAUGCUUUCCGUCACAAACUCAACAUCGUCAAUCGGAAUGACUUUAUAGCCAAAAAAUCUCAACAAUGUGCCUAAUGUUCUUUUCGGACGCUUAUUUCCAUCGCACAGAACAUUCAAUAUUAUAAGAAUGAACAGAACUUGAGCAAAAAUUUUCAUCACUACUAAUUUCUAUUUUUUUUUCUACCGUCUAGUUUGUCGUCAUCGAAUGAACUAAAUUAUAAAACUUUUAGUAAGUAAAUUAAAAUGGCAAAAAGUGAAUUUUUAUCCCCCAAAAAUGAUUGAGUAAGUGGCUUUAUGAAUAUAGUCUAAGUCAUGUACAUAUUGGCCGUACUUUACAUAAAUCAGAUAUAUCAGUACUGUAUCUACUUAGGGGUUAUUUGUAAUUGACGUCUGAAGGUUUGGAGCAGUUUGAAGAGGUAAGUAAGAAAGAUUUGAUUAUGGGCUGAAUGAUUAGGGUCAGAGAGAUAAUUCACGAGGUGAAAGAUAGGAAUGAGGUCAAAUCAUUCCACCAUGGCAGUAGACGUCACUUGCGUGGAACCCCAAGCAUAUAUAGCCUUUAUAGUUCACUAAGUCUAUAAAAGUUUGUAAAGUCAACUUUUGCAUGUUCCUACCUACAGUCCAAUAUCAACUUUUUUAAAACUAUAUAUUUUCAUUCUCAUUGAACAAUAACGGCACGACAUUAAAGACAAAAAAUAUCAACUAUCGAAUUUAUUUACAAAACUCUUAGUCUGUGUACAUAGAAGUUUUUCCUACAUGGUAAGCGAAACAUAAAAAGUUGGCACACGAAAUAAGGUAAUUGUGUCUGUAAUCAUAAGCAUUCUCAGUAUUAAUCAAAUACAAUUUAAUGCUUAUGAGCGACCUUGACACAGAGGAAACAUAAUGGAUGUGAAUUUAUAUUUUUAAGUCAUUCAUAACUUUCUUCGGUAUAAAUAAAAAGAUAUAAACAGUC